GAAUGAAAAUCAUUCUGCAACGGGUAAACCACGAGCGAUGCGUACAAGAAAAGCGAAGCUCGCAAAAAGAGAAAAACUCGUCCGCGAAGAAUGUCCUCGAGGGAAGCGAUUGGACAUCCGAUCGAAGCGACAAAGUUAUGCGAGGAAAGAAUAUCAGCGAUGACGGAAUUAAAAUAGACGUAGAAGUAAAAAUUCGUGAGGUUGUUGCUGGUGCGAAAAGAGAAAGGAAAGAGGAGAAAAAGAAUGACGAGAAGAGUAGCAGCGAAAACGAGGAGUACAGGUCGAGGAAAAGAGAAGGAUGGAGUUUAGGUUUCAGUGGGAGGUACUAAAAUUAGAGGAGCCCACGCUGCUUACAAGUCUGUUCUUGUAGCUUCCUUCGGACAUUUUCAAAUAGUCCUUUACGCCGAUAACACAGCCGUGUUUUCGCGACGUCUCGUUGUCAGUCGCGACUAGGCGCCGUGAUUCUGCGUUCGAUUCGAUCAGCUUUUACGAGUGACUUCCCCAACGGAGAGAGAUACGGUUGCCUCCUUGGAACCUAUUCAACCUCCAAGUGCCUCUAGUUUAUUCCAACUGGCAACAGACUUUCAAUAAUUCGUCCUCCUUCUACUUUUAUUAUUCACAAUUAUCCGUUGGUCGAUGAGGCUCGAUCGGCGGGAAAUUGAUCGAAUACCGUCGGAUAAUCUAUCGAUAUCGAUCAUCUUUAAACCCGUUCGUUUCGAGUGUCACUGAAUAAUUUCACGUCAUCGAGUGCUAGCUUCCCUUUGCUCGUUUAAUCGUGCGGUUUUUUUGAUCAAGAUCGUUGUCCACCGUUCCGGCCACAGACUGGCUUUUCAAGAUGAUAAUAUAUAAUCCUGUCUCCUGCACGCAUUUCAAGUGGCUCUCGCACAGAUAACGAACCGAUCCUGCAUCGCAACCGAUCCCCUUAUCAAUGAGAUUGUUCCCCGAGACAACCGUGAACGAUUCUUUGCAUUAUCGAGAGUUUCGCGAGUGUCGGAUUCCGUCGAGAUCACGGCAUGUAUUUCGAUCGAUCGGUUAUCGAGCCAGCGAUCUGCGCGCGUUUCUUCCUGGUGUUCUUGAUUCUUCUGUCGAGCAACGUCCAACGAACGGAAGGUAGAAAAUGCGUGUGCACGAACAGGGUGUGCAAGGAAGCCGGAGUGGACACGUGCAAGACGAGAUUCUUCUGUUACACGGAACUGAUCCUGAAUGGAAAUCAGGAAUUCGGGAGGAACGCGACGAGAGGAUGCACAGGGGGUGCCACGCCGCUGUUGUGCGAGACAAAGUCCCAGAGCACGAGGUCGUCGCAAACGGACAAUGUGGACCGAUCGUCGACCGGCUGGAUCCAUAUGCCCUGGCACAGAUUGAAGUGUUGCGACAGCCACGACUACUGUAAUGCCGAGCACCAAGUAAACGUGUCCACGUGGAUCCACGAGGGGCCGGUUCGCGUCGAACCCACCUUGGACCAUGCCGGUACCCUGAACGCGGUGCCAAACGAGAACCUAAUGGGAUCGAUCGAAUCAGAUCAAGGACCGAUGAGCGGAGGACGAAAAUCGUCGGAUCAAUUUGUUCAGAACCGCGUGAAGCCUCUUCACGUUGCCGCGCUGGUGUUAGCGAUCGCUGCUCUGAUAUCGGUGCUAGCAGCUUGCUACGUUAUUACAAGGUUCUUGAAAACCAACCCUUAUACCAUUAGCAACAUGGAAUAACGUUGAUUCUUGUGGGGGUUGUUGGCACCGACCGAAGGGUCUCUGUGUUCUUUCAUUGUUGGGUAACUGUAAUUAGGAACUAGCCAUGCAGGAGAUAACUACCGCCGACAGGCUAAACGAGUCCGUGCUGAAAAGAUUUUUGUCACGGAUAAUACCGGACAGCUUUCGAGUCCUAGCCAGUAGCGUUGGAAGAUAAUUGACUACACUCAACGCGAGUAACGCGGUGCAUAUCAAUUUUCUUUGCAAAAUAUUUACCCUUGAUGUUGCAACAGUUCCUUUAUGUCUCUAGAUAGUGUCGAGACUUACAAUUUGAAACUUAGUAAUUCUGCGACGUACAUUAAAGAAACGUCUCGUUACCAUAACACGGUUUUAUGAGCGCCUCAUUUUCGAUGUUAACAUCUUUACGGUCAAUGUUAGACAACGCGAACGUUUAAUUAUACUAUAUACAAUUGUUUAUUUUACAUUGAUAACGAUUGAAUAAAAAGCAAAGGAAUCUACAUGAACGUAUAGCUAACAAGAUGAGGUUUGGGUCCUAAGUCCUGCAAUUAGUUAGAGCUAACAGCCAAAUAGGAAAACAAGGAGAAUAAACUUGUCUCUGAAUUCCUGAAGCUCAUCUUGGUCGCACAGUAUUAGUUGAAGAGGGUGACACACGGUUCCCGCUGGAUUUGAAACGUGGGAUGCUUUCGAGAAUCAUCGAGUGCGUGACGAGGCACGACGAGGGACAGUAUCGAGCAAACCCAAAACUAUGUAACCCGGUGAAAUCUUUUGUUUCGAACGGAAUGACUAACACCGGGCCCCUGCUAUUCGAAUUCCGUCCAUUCGGUUACACGGCUCCGAAACCCAGGUGCUUCGUUCGUUUCCAUGCAAUUAGUCAUCCUUAGCAGGCUGGGAGCAAAUAACCAUGGCAGGGAGCCGAAGGGACAACGUGUGAAUCGUGUUCAGACGCUAUCGAGGAGUCUCGUGCUGAACGCGAAGCGCGCGACAGGAAGUGAAAAGCAAAUUGAACGGUAGUGAAGAGCCGCUGUCGAUGCCAGUGUGUACAUUGAUAAGAUAAAUUGUUAUGCGUACGGCAAACUGCAUUCCCGUUUACACGUUUUACAUUUUUAUCACGAGCGGUCGAUCGGGAAAUUCGUGGCGAAGUUUUAACUUUAUUACCUACAAUUUUUUGAAAGGUAAAGUAACUUGGUAAGCUACGAAUUUUCCAGGCUGAGUGUACCGUAUUUAAUAUACUUAUAAUUGUCGAGUCACUGUAAGAAUGUAGAACGGCAACAAGGUAACAGAAUUAAAAGAAAUGAUGAAUAAUUAUAGAGCGGUAGUCUGCAGCGUCGAAUUGAACCUCGAUCGGCAAGGUACCAUUCGAAUAAACUUUUGUAUCGUUUUUUCUUCGGCAUCGUCAAUCAUAGGAUGACUGACAGUCUUAGUCAUGUCAGUUCGGAGGCAUGACAAACAAAAGCGUAUUAUUCCAUUAGGUCUACCCUGAGAACCGAGCGGGCAGCGACGACCAGGUGCUCGACUAUGGAUCCAAGUGGACCGUCUGACCACCGAAUUCGUUGCGGUCGACGAAAAUCAAUCACUCGGUUAAACGUAUGGGCUCGAUCCGGAGGUAGGAUACCCAUCGUCCUCCGGGCAUCGACGAAUGACCAAAUAUCUCAGAUAAACAUCUUCAGCUUGUCUAACUGGUUCAUCCACGAGCCACUAACAAGACGUUUCUCUCUCGAGUUUCUUCCUCCUUUCUUUCGUUUCUUGUCGCCGAUGCGGUUACCUCGAGCAACUUCGAUCCCCGUUCGAGCGUGAAAUAAUUUACACGCUACUUCCCUGUGAGCCGCGUCCACAAGCGUAAUUAGCAACGGAUAAUUCCAGUUGGUCGAUUUGGAAUUAAGAGGGAUCGCUGCAUCUGUAUCGCGACAAGUGUCAACGAACCGAGCUGCUUUGCUCGUUAAAUCGAUGUUUUUCUCAUCGCCGUUAUCUCCGGCUUAACAAUGAAACGCUUUGAACCAGCACGGGGACCGAAGCGUAUUUCAUCGGCGGUGCGGAAUGCGUGUCGGCGCUCGGAACAUUGUGUAAUUUUGCCGCGUCUCCGGAGACAAGCGAAUACUCGAUGCGACAGCCUCGAGAAUAAUAUCGACAACGUGCUUCUGCCAGAGCAUGUUUUAUUUGGCAGAGUGUACUCACCGGCGUCGCUAUGGACCAGAUUGUCCUCGACGGCGUGCCGAAGAUUCGGAAGAGGGCAACGAUGCAUUACUACGGCUAAGAAAUAAGCAAAAAUAGGAGCAGCGCCGUGGCGCCAACGAGUUAAUAGUUAAUUGGCUAAUGCCCGUCUAAAAAUAAACCCAGUACCGUCGACUUUUGCGAUGGUUACGCUCCAAGUAUCGAACCAGACACGCUUAGACCCCUCAAAAGGAACUCUUCGAACGAUCACGUUUGAUACCUCGUGCUUAGGCCUUAAAGGAAACAAUUAUCUAUACUGUGAAUGCGAAACGUAUCUCUAUGCAUCGAGCACUGCGUUUAUAGACUCGUGUACCCCUAGAUCUUCACAUCGUGGGGUUCUCAAGUUCGUAGAUCUCUGAAUUGCCCCAAUCUCUAGAUAUCCAAAUCCCUAUGUCCCCGAUUUCUGUAUCACGCAAUCCCUAGCUCUCAGAGCUGUGGAUCUCCCGAUUUCUAAAUCUCCUGAUCACUAGGUCCCCAGAUCCCUUAUCCUCCGAUUUCUGUUUCUCCGACUACUACAUUCCUCAAGCUCCAAAUCCUUGAUUUCUAGAUUCCCGAUCCCUACAUCCCCAUAUCUAUCAAUCUCCAAAUCUCCUAUCAGUAUACCAGAGUCCUUGUAGAUUCCAGAGCCCUAUAUUUCCCUCUAUCAAAACUUGUACAUCCAUGUCCCUGAAUUUCAAGUUUGCCACAAAGCAGAAGCCAUGUGGGAGAGAGGAAACGUGAUCCACGAAAAAAGGCAGUGUAAUAAAAAGAUCAACAGCAAUGAUGCAAGAUCACGUCCGUGAACGAGAUACGUAGAUGGAGACUGUUUUCGAGGAAACCACUUGAAGCUACGAAUUAGCAGAACGAAUUUAAUAAGCUUCAAGAUGGUUUUAUUCGUGUUGUAGCAACCGGUUGGUCCCAGGUGGCGAUUUCUGUUUGUCGACGAUCGAUCCGAGGCGGAACGGCAGUAAGAGAUCUAUCGUGAAGCGAAAAGGGUCAUCGAGAGACGCCCGUAUGCAUAAUACGCUUGCCGAUUGAAAGCGAAGCCGAUUAGCGGACAAAGACUGACGAUUUAUCCCCUUUCAUCGCCUCCUUUCAUACACCUAUAUCCGGAGAAUUAUUUUCAAUGGGUUGCUGACGUUUUUCAUUCAAUACGAGGAUCACUGGAUAACUCGAAAUGCAAAUUUUGGGAGAAUAUAUUUAUAUAAGAAAUGUGACAC